GCUCGAUCCAACCGCCAAUUGUUUAACUUGAUUCUCAAAUGAUGUCCGUUGGCCGUCAGAAUGCUGACAUGACAUGUGAGGGAAAAGGAGUACGUAGGUUUAAAGUCUUGGCGCCCUGGCAUUGAAUCCUUUCGCCGCCGUUCUCGUUCCCCAGUUCCCGCGCCCCUACAUCGCCGGAAACAAACCCAAUGUUGGACCCCGAGACAGCGACAUGUUAUUACCCGCUGCAUCCCGCGAGAGGCCAUAGAACAGCGACACGGCAAGCCCGGCAGUCGUCCUGACAAACUGACCGAUGCAAUAGCGCCGCCGAGCGCCUGUCGCGCGCGAUUCCGACUUGUCGCUUGCCCGCCACAUUACGCCCGAAACCUGGCCACAGGGCGACCCUGGGCCAGGUCGAGCGAUCUAAUGCUGAGAAAAUUCCUCUUCGGUGGGAAGCCGAGGGGGAGAGCGGCCAUUCUCAUGCUUCCUCUAUUCACCACACUGCUCUACCUCCUCGUGCGCUCGCGCGUCUACGAUCCCCCACCCCGUGCGCCAUACCAUGUCGCGAGCAACAUCCGCAACACCUCCAGCGACUGGUGGAUCGAGUUUUUUAUGCGCCUCGAGAAUACUCGCGUAGUGGCGGCUCCCACCGAAAUCAAUGGCUCAGCGCCCAACGACAAUUGGACGCCCGACACCUCCAUCGUGCGCUCAGACCUCCUGGUGCUGAACGCAACCGACGAGGCCAAGUUUCGCGAGUCGCACGCGUCCUUCGUGCGCCAGCUCCCUCAGUUCGCCAGUCAUCUUCCCUACGAUGCCGGCACCACGGGCAUCGUGUCGACAGCCGGCGCGCGCAACUUCGGGCAGGCCAUCUCCAUGGUGCUGAUGGCGCGGCAGGCUGGCUCGCGCCUCCCGAUACAGAUCGUCGUCGACUCGAACUCGCCAUGGGUGGAAUCGGUGUGCGCCGAGACACUCCCCCGCUACAACGCCUCUUGCCUCUUUCUGGAGGACCUGUGGGCGGGCUUACACCACCAGGUCGUGCCAAAGCUGCACCGCUUUCAGUGGAAGUUCAUCUCCAUCAUAGCCUCGCCGUUCCAGAACGUGCUUUUCCUCGACGCCGAUUCGCUGCCCGUGCGCAGUCCUGACCAUCUCUUCACGCGCGAGCCCUUCAUCUCGGCCGGCUUCAUCACCUGGCCCGACUAUUGGGUGUCCCAGGUUGCGCCGGCGUUCUACAAGAUCGCUGGUGAUAUCAAGGUCCCGUCGAUUGCCUCGCGCGCGAGCUCCGAGAGCGGCAUCAUGAUAUACGACAAGGCGCGCCACGCUGAUACCCUCCUCCUGGCCGCCUACUACAACUACAAUGGGCCGGACCACUACUAUUCCAUGCUAAACCAACACGGUCCUGGGGAAGGGGACAAGGAGACGUUCUUCCAAGCUGCGCUGGUGUUGGACGCGCUGCGGAGGAAGGGGGUAUACCGGCAGCCAACCGCAUGGAUGAAACAGGGCAUCGGCCUGAAGAAGGGAUACUGGGACGUCAAGACGAUGCCCAAGUCGCACGGGCGGACUGUCAAGGGCAACUGGAGGGGCAUGUUCAUGCAGCAAAUGGACCCGUCGGAGGACUACCGCACUGUCAUGGCCGCCAUCGAGAAGGCCAAGAAUGACGAAGUUCAUGACAAAGCCAACGACGAAUCCGAGAGCAACCCCGCGGCCAGGGCGAGACGAAGCACCGCGCAUUCAAGGCGGCAAAAGGUCUCCAAAUUCGAGCAUAAACCCAACGUCAAACAAAGACGAGCAGGACAUAAGCCCGGCCCCAAACAAAAUCAAGACGCCGGGGAGGACGAGACGGUUCCCAACGACAGCACCCUCACAGAGUCCCAUAUAUCCCGCUUCCUCACCGACUCGGCCUUCCUCGACACGGCGGGUCGCCUGCCGCUCGAGCACGACCCCCACCACUACAUGUUCUUCCACCAUAACGGCGUCAAGCCGGACCUGACGGCCGUGCUUGACGAAGCGGCAGAAGUCCUCGCAACUGACGAGGAGGAACACUAUGUGCGCAUGUGGGGGGACCCGGGUUGGAUCAUCGACCGCUACGGCCGCGACAUUGAAAAGGUGCUGUGGCACGAUUCGAUAGAGAUAUACUGCCAGGAGCAGCUGGCGCGCUUUGAGAGACUGCGCAAGGUAUGCAAGAAGAUGCGCGAGAUUUACGAACAGGUGCAUAAUGCAUAGGGUGUAUAGGCCAACAGGGGAUAUUUCGCAGCGAAUUUGAUGACCAUUUCUUUGUCAGAUAUUUCAUGCCUUUUUUUUUUUUUUUUUGGGUUUCCAGCGAGCUUCCAGGAAAUCGAAGGGACAGGAUAAGCUCCCAGGGGUGUUAUCAUAGAGAGGCUGGCUGGUGUGGAUAGCACUGUCUAUACAAAGGAUUUUCUGGGAAAUUUGGCGCAAAGCUGGAGGCUUUUUCUACACUCUCCCUGAUGGCAGGGGUGACAGGAUACCUCUGAUGCUCUUGGGUAAAGAUUCGCGGAUGUUUGCGUGUUAUUAGACAAGGAAGUGGGGUGCUCGUAUUGGUGGGGAUCCAAAGCAGAAGAGAAGAAUUGAAGGGCGCAUUCUUCAUCC